GUAGGGGUUAGAAGCAUGGCGGAAGAAGAGGAGUUUGAUGUAGGGAGUCUGAGGAAAGAGCUGGAAUGGAUAGAGAACGAGCUGCGAAUGUCCCUGGGCCAAGUCAGCGCGUCUAACGAGUACUGCCUGAAGUUCUGUCGAGUAACUGAAUGGCAUGCUGGAAGAUGGCAGGUACCUUUGCCACUAGUUCAUGUGCUUAAAAGUGCUAUUUGCUGUUUUACCAAAGCUAGACCCUUCCUUGCUCCAGAAUGUGAACACAUCCAAUAUGUCUUGAGCCGUCUGGCAUUGAGCUGCUUUGAAGUAUUGCUGUAUUGCAUUGAGGGUGAUUCAUCUAAAGGGUUCUGGAACGAAUUUUUAAAAACCAUUCAGGAAUGUCACACUGUUUUACAAAAUGACUUAAAUGCAGAAUUUGAUGUACUAAUCAGGUUGAGUAGAAAUGGAGGCCCGUGGCAAAAUCCAGUACUGAUGUCCAUCCUUAACCAAGAGUUAGUAACUCAGGAAUUAGUAAAUGAAUACUUGGGAUCAGAAUCUCCAAUGUUCUUUGAAUAUCGAGUGAAAUACUUGAUGAAGUACAAGCAUAUUGGAGAAGCAAUCACGUUGACCAAAUACUGUGUAAACCAUCCUCAAACUGGCACAAACAAGUAUUUUCUCCAUUUAUUUUUAACAUGGCUAUGCCGCUCAUCACCAGAAGAAAUUCUGUUGCAGGAGAUUGCCCAAAUUGACUGCCAGGAAGCUCUUGAUGUUAUUUGCAAAUUGGAUUCAGAAGGGCAGGUGGAAUUAGCUUGGAUUUUGUGUGUGGCAUUCCUUACUCAGCAGUUGCGGAAUGGAGACAUGUAUUGUACGAGGGAAUUGAUACUGGUGUGGAGCAAACUGCAGCUGAAACUUGAUUCAUCCAAGCAACACUUUCUAGAGAAAUGUCGUCAUCUUUUAUUAACAUCCAGAAAUGUGAAUCAUAUCUUCCUCUUUAUUAGGGUCAUUCAGAAUGAGGUUGGUGCUGAAGGCUUGCAGUUCUGUGUGGAGCUUUGUGCACGUGCUCUACGGAUUGAUUACCAAGAUGAACCAAAUACUAAAACUUUGGUGUGUAAAACACUCUCCUAUCUGCUGCCAAAUGAUUUGGAUUUCUGUAGAGCUUGCACCAUUACAGUUUUUUUCUCUGAGUGCACAUUGGAAUCUUUCCAUGCUGUUGAAAGUCUGUACAGUCAGCCAGAUCAGCUGUACACAGAAGAUACUAGUUUGGUUCCAAGUUUCCUUCGCUGUGAGCUGCUGCUUGUUUUAAAAACCACCUGGCCUUUUGAUCCAGAAUUUUGGGACUGGCGGAUUUUGAAGAAAAACUGUCUCGCUUUAAUGCGUGACAAAGUAGCCUUAACUCAUGGAUGUAAACUAGUUUCAAAGAAUGGAAAUACCUUGUCUCAUAACGGAAAUUCAAAAAUCAAGACUAAGGAAAAACCUACUAAAAUGCCACAGUUAAUCCCAGGUGCAUCCAGAGCAGAUGGCCACCUUGCUUCAAUGCAUCGCUGUGUGUUAUGUAAAAAGGAAUUUCUUGGUGGGCACAUUGUACGCCAUGCACAGGUUCAUCCACAAAAAGGUGCCUUCUCUUGCCUAAUUUGUGCAAGAAAAUUCAGAUUGAGGGGACAAAUGCUUAAACAUUUAAAGACUCACGUGCGAAAGCUUCAAAAGCAAAAACUUGCUGCUCGGACAAAUACUCAUGAAUCUUCCAGUGUUAAUGAUGGUUUGAAGGAAACCUGUACCCUCAUAAAUGGAGUUCUUGGUAGUGAAAACAGGUCAGCUACUUCAGAAACUGCUCGUGUAGAUAAGCAGACUAAACUCGGAAAGUUAACAGAGGACGAGGAUAAUAAAAUUAAUAUUGCUGAUGCUCCAGAUGAGCCACAGUGUUCAACUGAUCUACAUGGACCACCGAAUGAAUGUUUGAAAAUUCAGGAAGAUCCUAAUAAAGAUGUUGCUCCUCAACUGGAUGAUGAUGUGGUUGAUCAAGUGACAAAGGAAAUAUUUGGUUCGGAUACAGCAGCUGUUCAAGCUGAAAAGAACGUGAAGAACUGUGUUCUUACUAAACAAAAUUUGACCACUCACAAAAAUAAUGGAGCUCUGUGCCGCCAAGAACAGACAGAAGAUAGUUCUGCUUCGAAAGAAGAGUUGGAAAAUGAGAGUGAACGUGAAAGUUUCCUCUGUUGUCCAGGCCAUGGUUGUUCAAAGAUCUUCAGUAAGAUUCAAUUUCUGACUAAGCAUGCACGGAAAUGUCACUCCUCUGAUGAAAAUGUGCAAGAUUACCUAAUGAAGUGGUAUAAGGGCAAGUGCCGUUAUUGCCAAAGAAAAUUCACACAUUCCCAGCAUUUGAUUGACCACCUUAAAAGGCAUCAGUAUCCAAAAUUGUAUUUCUGUUUACAGUGUGGCUGUGGCCAGACAUUUAAAUCUGCUUCAGAACUUGCAACUCAUACCAAGGGUCACGAAGCUUUUCGGGCACAGUGCAGCUUUCGUGACUGUGAUAAAUUGUUUGAUGAACUUGAUAUGCUUUAUGAGCAUGAGGCACAACAUUACUUAAGUGGCAAACCUAUCCGACUCACUGAAUGUGAUCAAAGAAACUUUCAGACAAGCAAAGUCCAGAGCCACCAGGAAAAGGCAAGUGAAGACAAAUGUUUGAAAGGUGAACAGAAUCCUACGGAAUUGCUCGUUCCACUGUGGAAGUCAAGAAAAGAGUUAUUGGAACCAAAGACCUACCUUCACAAUAUGGUUAGCAAGCAAAGUGGAAAUCAAAAUGGAGAUGGCAAAUUAACUGAUACUCUGCAUAUUUCAGUUGAAUCAGAUGAGAAGACCUUGCCUAUUGAAUCAGGCAGUGAAAGCUGUUGUAUUAAUAAUAAACAAAUAGUAAAUGGGCAUAGUAACUUGAAAGACACUUCGAGUGAGUCAAACCCUACAAAUCCAUUUUACUCAGGUGAUAUAUCAAAUGAUGGUGUUGCUGAUUUAGAUAAGACUCGGCUUACAACAGAUGCUUCAAGCUCGGAGUCUACACCAGCAGUGUUGAAUAACAGUGUUUCAAAAGGUGCUGUAAUGGAAGUGUCACAGAAUGCCAGCGAUCUGUCACAGAGUAAUGUUCCUCCAGUUUUGCAUGCAUCCUCUAGCCAAGAGCAGAAGAGUAAUAGUGGUAGGGACGAACAUAAGGGCUAUGGCAGAUUACAAAAGUACUACAGACCACAGCCUCCAAGCUACCUAGAUGAACGAUAUAUCAGUAUGCCAAAACGAAGGAAGUUAGCCACAGAUUCAAAUCAGCCCCCCCAUUCACAUACAAAUGCAGUUAAUGUGAAAAAUGAAAGACACAUAUGUCGAAAGUGCUUCAUGAUCUUCAACAGCGUUGAAGCGUUAGAAGGGCACAGCACUGGGGACAAUUGUAGACCGCUCUUUGUUAUGGAAUCGGAUAGUGAUUAAGGUUCCUACGAAUUCCUUGCAAGAGAAUGGACAUUCUGACAUAUCAAUUGAUAAGUCAAACUAGGAUAUCAAUUUUACUGUACAGAGUUCAUCUCAACUUAAUCCAAGUGCCAUGUAAGGUCUAUAAGUUCAGCACAGUGAAAAGGUUAAAGAAGACAAAAUAUCAAGCAUACGUGUUUGAGAUGGACACCAAAUUUAAAAGCAGUAGCACUUACUCACGAAGUGCUCCUACAACUGAAGAGUCAUGAAAAGUGCGGAUAAAUCUGUGAUACUUUGUAGAAAUGGAUAUGAAGUGCAGAUCUACAUAAAUGCAUGAAUAUUUGUCCUGCCACAUCAAAUUGGAAAUUUAGUGCACUACAAAAAGGGAAGUAGUCUAACAGCACAAUAGGAGAGAACCAGAAAACAUGUGUGGGCUAAAUCUUGUUGGAGUAUGGCAUCUCGCAGCCUGCACUGUUUGACUUUUUUCAGCCCCCUUCAGUUUGAAUAUAAUUUGUGUAGUAUCUUGCUGGAAAUGUGAACUCGCAACAGGGCACCAGUGAGGGACUUAGUCAAAAGCAGAACGAGAGUAUAUCUAACUCAGUAAAGUUUAUGUAUCAGUAAAUGAAGUGGCAAUGAAGAAAAUGUUUGUGAAUUGACUCUAAUCAGGUGAAGAAAGUGAUAUGUGAGGAAAUAAAGAUUGGAUUAAGAGAACAAAAUAAAUAAUUUAAAUUUUAAAAUUUGUCUAAAUCUCUAAGAAGCUACUGCAUGCAGGAUUGAGGCUCAAUGAUUUAAAUUGAGAGCAGAGAUUUUGAGUGAAGUUGAAUUAAUCAUUGGGUUGUUAAUUAUGAGCAUUAAUGAAAUAGAGGUUUUAAUCUGGCAAUUGUUGUGCAAAACCAGCAAGUUAAGGGGAGAUGUAGUUGAACGUGAGGCAAAUGGUAGAAUGACAAAAGUUGACCAGAAUGUUCUGGAGGUUCAUAACUGAAUGGUUUUUCUCUUUUGAACAUGCUGGCCAAUUUGCAUAUUAAUAAUACCAUGCAUCCCAUACAAACGAUUAUCUUUUCUGGAACAUGUAGGCCAUUGUAAAUGCUGUUAAGGAUAGGUGUGGUAAACCCAAGUUAGUUAAGCACAGUUGAAGAGUAUAAAUCUAUUCAUUGUAACAGUUUGAGGAAUUCCUGAUGUAUAUGCCCAAUUGUCUUCCAAAACAAGCACAAUGUUGAAGAGUUUUUGCUCUUUAAUGUGUGCUGAAGAAAUGAGAGGUGAACAAGAAGUUCAAAGUUGACUAGCAUAAUAAAGAUUUUUUUUCUUUCUGGGUGCAUUUAUCUUCUGUUGUGAUACAAUGAGGAUAUUGACUGUACAUAUUACAAUUAUUAAGGCUGU